CUCCUGGCUCAGACGUUGUCACUGCAGGGCCUGGUGCUGGCAGCACACGCAGCCUGGUCCAAGACGCUGCACAGCAUAGACAGGGACAGAGGUGGCUCUGGGGCUGUGACUUGGUGGCCCUCAUUGACGGGACCUGGAGCAGUGGCUGUGCCUGGUGGAGGUGGCUCUGAUCCCUGCAGAUAACCCGGCACAAAGUGGCUGCAGGUCGCCAUGGAUGGCACCCCAUCACCUUCCAGCCCUGCCGGGCUCUCGGCUUACGUGGCUGUGUCACAGCUGCUGGGCCUGACGCUGCUGGCGGCCACGGGAGCCUGGCUGGGCCGUUACCGGGGUGGCGUGGCCUGGCAGAAUCCGCUGCAGUUCAACGCCCACCCGCUGUGCAUGGUGUUGGGCAUGGUGUUCCUGCAGGGGGACGCUCUCCUGGUGUACCGGGUGUUCAGGAACGAGGCCAGGCGCUCCACCAAAGCGCUGCACGCACUGCUGCACGGCCUGGCACUGCUCAUCGCGCUCGUUGGCCUCGUGGCCGUCUUUGAGUCGCACCGUGCCAAAGGCAUCUCCAACAUGUACAGCCUGCACAGCUGGUGCGGGAUGGCUGCCUUUGUGCUCUACCUCCUGCAGUGGCUCCUGGGCUGUGGCUUCUUCCUGGUGCCUGGCAUGUCCUUCUCGCUGCGUGGCCGUUACAAACCCCAUCACGUCUUCUUCGGCAUCGCCCUCUUUGCCUUCUCCAUCGCCACCUGCCUGUUGGGCAUCACUGAGAUGUUGCUCUUCAACAUCAGGGACUCCUACAGCCACUUUGUGCCAGAGGGAGUCCUGGCCAACGUGCUGGGGCUGCUGCUGGUGGCCUUCGGGUUGGUGGUGGGCUACGUGCUGACACGGGAUGACUGGAAGCGGGCACCGCUGGCCGAGGAAAUGGCCCUCUCCAUGGACUUCAAGACACUCACGGAGGGUGAGAGCCCUGGAGGCAGCCAGUGAGGCCCCCAGCUGCCCGGUCCUGGUGGAUGUUGGAUGUCUCUGCGUGCCCCAGCUCCAUGCCCAGUAUUGGUGAGCAGAGCCUUCGCUCGGGGCUCCCUCUGCAUCUUCUGUUCUAUGUGUGGAUGGAGGUGCCACCACAGAUAGCGUCCCCAGGCUCAGCAUCUCCCUACUGCCAACCUCCAAAGCCCAUUCCCAUCUCUUUGUGCCAAGCAGUAGAUUGGAUGAAUCCCUUCACCAACAUUUCUGUGUGUUCUCAGCCCUCCAGGGCUGCAGCCACCAAAGUUCCCUUGCAGCUCCAAGCAAUGCCACGUCUGUGCAAUUUAACAUCAGUGUGUGUUUAAAAUGUUUUCCCCUCUUGUGCAAUGUGUCAUCUGCAAAGUGAACGCU